AUGAACUGCCGUUUGGCUUUUUCAGUGUUAUUAUCAGUUUUGUCAGGAAUAUCAUGUAUUUCGAAUGCCACGUGGCGGCAGUACGGGGGAGAGGCGUUUCCGAUCAAAUAUCUGUCGCCGGAAGAGAGCAUCGUCACAUCUGCAGAUGUAGACUAUUAUAUCAAACUGCUGCAUCUUCCGCUGAAGUAUUUUUUGAAACAACCGCUCAAUGACACCGAUGUCAACACAGCGUUCGGUGCAUAUUAUGCCAAAUCACUUUUGAAGCGAGCUAUCGUGGACCACGGGGCUAAAUUACGGAACGACCAAAUAGGAAGUUUGAAAAAACUCAUAUUCAUGUGCGAGGAUAUUCUGUCCCACUAUAUAUACAUCAACGGCCAGUACGACUGGGACGACAUGGAAUACAGAAUAUCAAAGUUGUUUGUAUCCGACGAAACUCAGAUAUAUUCCAUUGGGGAUUUCAACAGAGGCCGACUCAGGCAAUGGAUCCUCACAAAACACAAUAAUAUGAACAGAUAUUUACAGGAAAUGGACAUGGCAACACUGCCCAAGGAGAAAUAUGUCGAGCUUGUGGAUGAAAACACAGACGAGCAGUAUCAUAUAGACAUGUUCGCAUCGGUGUCGCUGUGUGCAAUGUUAGGCUACGAGGAGUUCCACAGAAAGAGCUGGUUCUACAAGGCGGCCAGCUGGAUCAACGCGCACGGCUGCGUCGUGGAGCACGACAACUUCGUCAAGAACCGCACCAAAAUGCUGCGCAGCAUCACCGGCGCCAGACAGAGACGGAUGUAUAUAGCUUACUUCUGCAAGCUGUGGGCGAGCGAGUGCAACGAACAUCCGACCGCUUUACUUAUGAUAGUUUUAGCGCAUGCCAUACGGCACGCUGCGAAAUUCAUGCAACUUAUUUAA